UUGGCCCCUUCUCUCUUGGGGCCAAUACAUAUAUCUGGCCAAGUAUUCAUGCCACCAAUCAACUUACAUCGCCUAUAGCUCCAUAUAUCCCACUCCAUUACAAUGAGCAAGUGCCCAGGUUCAUACAUCAAUAUCGGCAAAGAGGCCAGAGGUUCAUGCGCUAUCAUCUCCCCUUCUGCUAAAUUUUUUAGUGUUAUGCUAAUUAUUAGAACAUUUCAUUACAUAUUCCCUUUUUUUUUGGUAAUGUUGUCAGAUCUUCUUUACAAGGGUUAUGGCCAACAACCUCCAGUUCAUUUUCACCAACAAUUUAUCGACAUCAACUGUGACUUGAGUUGUGAUGUCACCUGCCGGAUUAAAGAAAUCGUACCUGGUUUAGGAACGGCUUUCAGACUCAUUGCUCCUUACAGCGGCAAAGUGGAACUGCAAUAUUUACACGACUAUGCUGCGAUUACAGCAGGCACCGGAGUAAUAGCGAAUGCUUCCAGAGGAUAUGACCCGAUGAUAAGCUUUUCCGGGGUGGUAGGAAGCACUCAAGUUUUUCUUGGCACUGAUAUUGUGUUCAACAUAUCAGCAAGAGCAUUCAACAGAAUUGAUGCCGGUCUAAGCCUCAGAUUCCCUUUCCUUGAAGCUUCCUUGACCCUAAAUGACAAGCUAGACACUCUGAGAGCUUCAUGUUACCACACAGUGAAUCCCCUGACCCAAACUGCAGUCGCAGCCGAACUGAAACACGGCUUUUCGACCAGUUACACGAGCAUCACCAUGGGAACACAGCAGGCAAUAUCCACUUCUACAUUAGUGAAGGCUCGAGUAGACACGAAAGGUAAACUGGGUGCUCUUAUUCAGCAAAAGUGCUUGCAAAAGCUCUAUUUGAGCAUUGCCGGAGAGCUGGAAUUUCGCCGAAAUUCCCGAAAUUCCUUAGACUGGAUACCAAAGAUAGGAAUGACUUUUUCAAUGAGGCCAUAGAAUAGGGAAAUGAAAGAGAAUAGCACCCGCUUGCCUCUAGCUCAGAACUGGCUAUAGUCAAAUACUUCAUAUACUUGCUUCCCUGUUAGUGCUACCUAUGGUGAGGCAAAUCAUGCAAUCCGCAGAGAUCUUUAUGAACUUGUAUCACAUUGACAAGUUAUAUACUGGGAAAUGAAAUUCUAUCACUACCAUAGCCAAGCGCAAUCAAAUAUUUCAGAUCGGAUAAGCAUGAAUACACCUGACAAAAGACCAAAUUGCGAGAAUUUAUUUUUGCCAAUUUGUUAACUGGGUCCCUAAGAUGCUUCCGCUCCAGAGAAAAAUGUUUCUUUCCCUUUUCUUCCUUUUCCUUUCAUGUGCGGAUGGUGAGUUGUUUGGAAGGCACCGCGUGCAUCCUAGAGAUGAUGGUAGCGUGCUGGAUUAAUUGAAUGAUAGCUUUCUACCAUGUUUUAUGCACCAGAAUUCCAGUCAAAUAAGGAAAUAACAGCUGCAAAACUGUAAC